CUCCCUGCAGCACAGCUCCCCGAGCAGCACAUAGGGACCAACACUGACGCCGGGAGUCUGUCUCUGUCCCAGCCCUGCCAUGGCGCGUGAAUACUUCACCCACAAGGGAGUGCUGUUCCCAUGCCUGGAUUAUUCCCCCGAGAAGUUGAGCUACGUGGAGAACGAAUUCCAGGUGCGGGACGAUGACGUCUUCAACAUCACCUACCCCAAGUCAGGCACUAACUGGAUGCUGGAGAUUCUGAGUCUGAUCCGUUGUGGCGGGGACCCCAGCUGGGUGCGCAGCGUGCUGAACUGGGAGCGGGCGCCCUGGGUGGAGAACCACCUGGGGCUGGAGGCUGCCCUGAAAUACCCCCUGCCCCGGCUGCUCUGCUCCCACCUCCCCGUCCAGCUCUUCCCCAAGUCCCUGCAGCGCUCCAAGGCCAAGAUCAUCUACACCCUGCGCUGCCCCAAGGACGUCCUGGUCUCGCUGUACCACUUCUCCAAGCUGCUGCGCAUCUUCAGGGACCCUGGCUCACUGGACUCCUUCCUCGAGGACUUCCUGAGCGGGAACGUGCCCUACGGCUCCUGGUUCGACCACGUCACCGGCUGGAUGGGGCUGAAGGGCAACGAGAACUUCUUCUCCAUCACCUACGAGGAGCUGCAGCAGGACCCGCGGGGCAGCGUGCAGAGAAUCUGCCACUUCCUGGGGAAGGAGCUGAGUGAGGAGCAAGUGGCCGCGGUGGUGGAGAACGCCUCCUUCCAGAGCAUGAAGGGGAACAAAAUGUCCAACUUCUCCCAGCUGAGGGACGAGUACAUGAACCACCAGAAGGGGGAGCUCCUGAGGAAAGCUGAACUAUGUUCCCUGCGGUUUGCAGGGAUCUGCGGUGACUGGAGGAACCAUCUCUCGGAGGCACAGAGCCAGCGAUUCGACACCAUUUACCGGGAGCGGAUGCAGGGUCUGGGCAUGACCUUCCCCUGGGACUGACGGCCUCGCGCCCGCCACAUCUGUACCCGCAAUACACCGGCCCUGUGCCUCCUGGAUCAAGCUGUCUUCACUUCCUGUCCUCAAUGGCUGGGUCUCUUUCCCUUUGCUGGGUUAAAAUCAUCUGUACAAACUCCGUUACAGAUUUACCCUGGAGAGCUCCCAGCCCUCGCUACCUUUCCAAGCAAAUCACCCAGCUCAAAUCUUCCAGGCCAGAUUUCCAAACCAGCUCCCAACAGAUUCUCGUUCCCAUCCUGCUUUUCAGAUCCCUUUGGAAACAAAGAUGAUCUAACAACUUAUAUGGCUGCAAACCCCCCAGCAUAACAAGAACCAGUGGCUGGACGUUAAAGCCAGACAAAUUCCAGCUGGAAAUAAGGCACUGAGGGUGAUUAACCAUUGAGACAAACUGCCUGGGGAAGUGUUGGCUGCUCCUCUCCCUGGCUUCCAAUCAAGCCAGGAUGCCUUUUGAGAUGUUAUUGGAGUCGGUGCAGGGGGACCAGGGUGAACUCACUGGUCUGGGUUACAAGGAGGUCAGACUAAAUGAUGGAAUGGUCCCUUCUGCGGUUGGACGGUCUGAAGCUGAAUUUUGAACAUGCAGAUGAUUUACAA